CACGCACACAACAUAAACAAGUCGGCUAUGAAAACAAAAACACAAAUUUGUGUUAUUUUUCAAUCAGCAAUCAAUUUUGACGCACUCCUAAUAACAAUACUCUUAUAAAUUGUGAAACAAUGUGGGAAAUAUUUAACCACGCGAUUCAUCCAUCUUUGCAAGUCUAUUUAGGCCCACCAGAUCCACUCACUUCAAGUUGGUACUUGUUGGACACUCCAUUGGCAAUCCUAACAAUACUUCCGUUGUACUUCAUCACCAUCUCCAACCUGAACAGGUUUAUGACCGGACGUAAGGCAUUGGAACUGCGUGGUAUUCUGGUUGUGUACAACGUGUUGCAAGUGUUGUUAUCGGCGUACAUCUGUAAAGAAGUGCUGAUGUCUGCUAUUGCUGCAAGAUAUAACCUUGGUUGUACGCCGUUUAAUACUUCAGGUCAAAAUGGCGUCCGGAUGGCGUCCGCGUUCUGGUUGUUUUACGUAUCCAAGAUGUUUGACUUGUUGGACACUGUAUUCUUCGUACUGCGCAAGAAGGACAAUCAAAUUACGUUCCUUCAUAUGUAUCAUCAUUCGUCAAUGAUUUUUAACUGGUAUUUGGGGUUGUUGUACUCACCUGGUGGUCAAGCCUUCUUCAGUGUGUUGUUGAACUCGUUUGUGCAUGUUAUUAUGUACACUUAUUACAUGCUAGCUGCGAUUGGUCCAAGGGCAAGGAAAUAUUUAUGGUGGAAAAGGUAUCUUACACAGAUUCAAUUGGCUCAAUUCUUUUGUGUAAAUAUUCAUCUGGCUGUUGGUUUGUACAACCGUUGUAAGGCGCCAUUUUGGCUCAAUUGCUUCACCAUCACUUACGUCAGUACACUGGUUAUCCUCUUCGCCAACUUCUACUACCAAUCUUACAAGAAAGACCGAAAUACAACGCCUGUCAUAGAAGAAAUCAGGGACAGAAUUGAUGUAAACGCAGGCGGUGAUUACAUUCACAACAAAAUUUUGUAAAAUUUAUUAUCGGUAAGUAAAGCACAAAAAUAUCAUAA